AUGAAUCUGAAUCGGGCUGCAUUCGAAUUCCUGGCAUUUGCCUUGCCCCUUGCCAGUGCGGCGACGGUCAGGUCUGCCAAGCCUCCAAUGGGAUGGAACAGCUACAACAAGUACGGCUGUUCUCCAAAUGAGGAAAUCAUCAAGCUGAAUGCACAGGGUUUGGUUGAUCUGGGAUUUGCGAAUCUUGGGUAUACUGUAACUACAGUGGAUUGUGGCUGGCCUGCCAGAGACCGCGACUCUGAUGGCCGGAUGGUAUGGAACUCGACAUUAUUCCCCUCCGGACCGCAUGCACUUGGAGAAUUCAUCCAUGAUCUUGGAUUGGAAUUUGGACUAUAUUCUGGCGCUGGAUAUCUUCAGUGUGGUUCAACAGACCUUCCAGCGUCUUUGGGAUAUGAAGAGAUCGAUGCUCAGUCCUUCGCUGAUUGGGGAGGCGACUCGCUGAAAUAUGACAAUUGUUAUUCUACUUCUCGAGAUGUUAUGGUGGACGUCGACUCCGACGAGUCAAAGAGCCCAGCACGAUUCGUCAAGAUGGCAGCGGCUCUCGAUGAGACGGACCGCGACAUCAAGUACUUUCUCUGCCAGUGGGGAAUAGGAGAGGACGUGCCCCAGUGGUCGGCCCCUAUCGGCAACACUUGGAGGAUGAGUAACGACAUCUUCAAUGCGUGGCGUAGCAUUUGGAGAAUCGUGAACCAGGCUGUGCCUCACACCAGGUACACGGUUCCAGGGGCGUUCGCAGACCUUGAUAUGCUCAUCGUCGGGCUGAGUGCCCUCUCGUAUGAUGAAGAGAGAUUUCACUUUGGCCUCUGGUCGAUGUUGAAGUCCCCUCUUUUUAUUGGAGGUGUCAUGGACCGCUCUCAAAUUCCUCACGAAUCACUCGAGAUCAUGUCCAACAAAGAGGUCAUAGCCAUAAACCAGGACCCGCUAGGAAAGGCUGCUGAGCUCGUACUUCGACACACCGAGGAAGAGUGGGAUGUUUGGGCUGGUGAUCUCUCAUCUGGACGCAAGGUUCUGGGGAUCGCCAACUGGAAAAACGAGACCCAGACUGUACAAGUUGACCUUGGCCUUAUUGGCGUUGGAAAAGCUCGGGCACACGACGUCUGGGCCAGCGAGGACGUUGAAAUUGGCGGCGUGCAGUCAUUUGAGCUCAAACCGCACGAGUUGCGCCAGUUGGUGUUGAGUGACAUCGAAAAGGUAGAUCUUCCUCAGUCUAGCGGGUACUUCUCCGUCGUGGACGCUACCCUUGAAGGGUCAGCUGCCCUUGUUGAUUGCGCUGAAGGAGAAUGCCUUCCUGUUACAAGUAAGGUUGGGCGGAUUGGCCCAGGCGCCAAGGUUUCGUUCAAGGAAGUUGAGUCACCUGCUGAUGGAUCCUUGACGGUGGCUGUGGACUUUAUCAACUACGAGUACCACCAUAAAGAAGCCUGGGGACAAGGAACAAACACACGUAACAUGACUAUUACUGUCAACGACGAACAAGCCAAACGUUGGGCCUUUCCGCUUGGUGGAAAUGACUGGUACGAAUCUGGUCGCCUCACUAUUGAGCUGGAUGGGUUCAAGAAGGGCAAGGAAAACACUGUCGCGUUUGCUUCUCAUGGUGGAGAGGCGUGGGCGCCAGAUCUCGUUGGGUUUGAAAUUUUUAACUAA